UUUUUUCAACUUAAAGAGUUACUUUCUUCUUUAUUUCUUCUUUUUCUCGUAUAUAAUAAUCCAUCAUGAGUGUAUCUUGUCAUUGUUAUAAUUGUAACGCUAAUUAUCCAACGAGUUCUUUCUACCUUUCAUCAAAUAAUAACGAUAAACAAAAUCUUAUUUUACAAAUUUGUAAAGGAAUUUUUGAAGCUAUUCAAAAUGAAAAUACUAUAGCAGAAAUUAGUUGUUCAAUGUCUCAUAGACAAAUUCGUAAUACUAAUGAAGUUGAAGAAUGUAUUAAUGAAGAAUUUAGUCAACUCUUUAGAAAUAACGUAUUACGUAAAGAAAUAAGCAGUUAUUCAAUCUUUAAUACUUGGAGAAUUAGAUUUAAAUGGAACGAAUUUAAUAAUGAUUCAUUAAUCAAAAAUCUUUUAAAAAUUUCAAAAGAAUGGUAUGAUCCUUUUACUAAUUAUCUUCAAAAGAUAAAUAAUCAAAAAAGUAAUAAAUGGUUUUAUGAACAAAAUGGAGAAAAUGCUAUUUUAAAUAAUUUAAAAAAUCUUCUUCCAGGAUUCAAGUAUUUGGUUGAAUAUUCUUGGAAUUCAUAUCAUUAUAAUAAUUAUUGUUAUGGAGAUUUUGUUUUUGCUUCAGAUUCUGGCAUUUUUAUUGUGGUUACAGUAAAUGCGAGAGAUGGUCGUAGAUUUCAAGCUUUAAAAUAUAAAAAUAAAGCUUCGGAAAAUUUUGAAGGAAAAUAUGUUGCAAUACUUGUAGCAACAUACAAUCAUGAUGAGGAUGAUUCGGAAAAAGCCACGCUCGAAUUCAUUGAUGAUAAUGAUGAAAUUAUUAUGCAAAAUCUUAAAGGAAUUUAUAACAAUUCCUUUUUACAAAGAUGUUAUAAUAAUCGAAUUGAAACUAACUCUUUACAAAGAUACGAUAAUAAUCGAAUUGGAACUUUAGUACGAGAAGAACAAAUUGAAGACCAAGUUGCAAAAGUCGCUGUUGGAAUUGCUGCUGCUGCUGCCGUUGCGGGAGUUGGUUAUUUGGCUUAUAAAGCAGCUUCGAAUAAAACCGUUAGGAAAGAAGCUUCUGAAUUUGCUACUGAAGUUAUUGCUAGAGUUGGCUUUGGUCUAGCAUAUUCAUUUAUUAAAGAACUUGAGGAAGAGGGAAAAAGAGGGAGAAAGUAACAGUAAUAAUGAUUAAAUUUCUUUUAAAUACUGUAUAUUUAAUUUCUUAUUCAUACUUUUCACUAUAUAUGUAUUCAUUAUUUUUUAAAAAAUUUGGUGGAAUUUAUGAAGUAAAAUUUAUUUAGUUAAGGUAUUUGUAUUGCUAUAUUUGACUGUACUAUAAUUUUAUCAAUAAACUUCAGUUUAUAUCCAGAAUAUUUGGAAUUGUAAAAUUUUAUC